GCACGCAGACAGAUACGCCGCCUGUCGAGGAUGAGCAAAAGGAUGCAAGGAGCAGCAGUGCCAGUAGCAGCAGGAGAAGAAGCAGGAGGAUCAGAAGCUGGAGAUGGAGCAGUGUGUGCAAAUGUUGUGCGAGCCAUUAAUCACACGAUUUCAUGAAUACAUCAGCCAGUGAGGCGCAGAGUCGGCCAGACGAUGUUACCAAGCCUAGGACAAGAACUCACACACACACACACACCCGGAGACACACGCACUCAGCCACACACACAAGCAAGCCAACAUAAACGCAAC